AUGAACGAUCUACUACAUUCCAUGAAUAACACUAGUGGCGAGGUUCACACACCCCCCAGGUCAAAUGAAUAUAUGCGAGAAGUCAGAAACAGCUUUGACGAAUCCAUAAUACAAGUCAACUCUAGCCAAACUCCCGCAGCGGAGCAAUUUGACUUUGUUGCAUCAAAAGUGAAUGACACAAUUGACGAGAUCAGAUCUGUCUACAAGGAGAUUGGCUAUUCGCAGGCCGAAGUGACAGCAAAAAAGAACGAGAUUUUUGCUUCGAUUACAGAGACAAUCGCCACAUUCACCCAGAAUCUUGAGCGAGAGCGUACAAACAUCCAAAACGAGUGUGACUGGCUCCGGCAGCAGAUUCACUUGAUCUUUUCCAUACUGAAUGAGGACCGAGGCGAGCGAAUUCUCUCGUUGACUGAUAGAUGGCUUUUGUUCAAAGACGAUCCUCAGGUGCAACAGGAGAUAGCAGCUGAAAAAGCAAAGUCAAAAGUCAAUCAUGAACAUCUCUUUCUGUUAUCACAAUCAUCCCGCUAUAGCCUAUCUAGUCUGAUUCUGAGUAGUUCUCAUAGCGAUUCUAGCACUCUGUCAAGCUGGAAGGAGCCAUCUUUUUCUUUGCUACAGACAAAAUCAAGAUUGAACAGCAUUUUCUUAGAGGCACUCAAGACGUUUGUCAAGGUGUUUCGGAAGUUCAAUGAGGCCAAUGUCGCUUUUUGGGAGAACAUUGAUCUCAUAAUCGAAAACUGGACACCGGACCCCAGUGACUCUUUUCUCUGUUCUCUUCCUAGUAAGUCUGACGCAUAUGCACAUGCAAAGUUAAUCAAAGAAUUCGAUGACAUGCUAGAAGAUUUGAAUCUUGAGAAUAGAGGGCUUGAUUAUCAGACAAGAGCGUCCGAGAACUCGGGAGAAGUAUAUGCUUUUGUUAUUUCCAGUCCAAGCAAGAGAAUUUCAAAAACUGGCUCCGAGCAGACAACGCAACCGUUUAAGGGUCGCUGUGUAUCAAUAGAGGAUGAAAUGAGCAGGCUCAGAGACAUCAACUAUAACAUUGUUCGUACCAUACGUGGACUUAAAGUCCUGAAACUUAACCGAGACGUUCUCGCGAAACUACUGAGGGCUAUCGAGAAUACUGAGACGGAAAUCAGAUCUAGAAUUGUUCAUGUGAAAGAGAAAUUAACUUUAUGUUUACAAUUGACAAGAGAUCUCUGUUUGGAUAGAAAAGAUGUCAUCACUAUUCUCAAAGAUCCAGCUGCAUCGAAGUCUGGUCUCAAGCAAUUUGUGAGCAAUGAGGGUCAAAUCGAGGUUGAAACAUUGCACUUUAUUUCGGAGAAUCCACAAGAGCUAGGUUUGAAAGACCAACACAUCAAUUUUAUUAGCAAGCUUGUCAAAACCUUACAGUCCAUCAAAACUGCCAAAGAAGAUCGCCUUGCAACCAUGAAAUCUGCUUGUGUUCGAUUAUGGGAUACCUUGAAAGAAAGCCCAGAAUACAGUCAAAGGUUUCUUGAAGAAAACGACAAUCUCAGGGAUCAAUCGUUGCAAAGUUUUGAGGCAGAAUUACGGCGCUUGAAAGAGAAACGUAGAGAGUUCAUCGAGGAGUUCAUAUCCCUUACACAGCAAGAGAUUGAAAGAUACCACGUACUCUUGUUUCACACAUUGCUGCAGCGCCAAGAGUUCAAGUACCAUAAUCUUGAUUUGUAUUUGGCUACUGACGACAAAGAGCACAUUCUCUCUGAGCAUGAACAGGAACUUGAGAGAUUAAAGAAAGAAUAUCUGGCAAAGCUGGAAAUUUUAGAACUAUACUCCGAAUUGAAAUCCUUGAUUGAAGAUCGGAAAUUCUUAGUUGAAUCUUCAAAGAACUCUAAGCGUCUAUUGGAGAAAAACUCCUGUCAGACGUUGCUUAAUGAGGAGAGAAUAAGAAAAAAAGUUCUGAGAAAUAUGCCGCGUGUGUUGACCACUAUAAAGAAGAAAAUUGUUGAUUACAAUACAAGCAUUUUGUCCAACGGUGGCAAAGCUUUUAACGUCGGGGAGAUGGACUUGUUUGAGGAAGUCUUAAUUUUGGAGGCUGAAACCGAAUCCCAAAAACCUAGUAAAACUUCGAGACACCGUUCUACCAAAGUAUCCCUGAGAUCCGUAUCACCUUCAAAAUCAAGGGUCGCAGCGAGAGCUCCCUCUCCUGUGAAGCAGAAACAGUCUCCCCAGAGAGUCACAAAGUACUCAACUCAACGCAAUACCUUAUCUCCAAUCAAAUCUGAUAGGUUCAAAACUGGGUCAGCAAGAUCUACUAGCUCUUUGGCGUAUAGCAGUGGGAUACCCAAAUUAGUAACUCGGGAGCCAAUGCCUUUGAGCUCCAAGCAAAGUGGCCAAAAAUCACCCAGCUUGAGAAGCCCGAUUAAUUUCACAUUACACUCGAGUCCAAGGCAGGCCCAUCUGUAUUUUCAAUCAAGUGAGGCUGCACCACUUCAUAGGCGCCAGCAAAGCUCGCAUCUUCAGCCCCUCCAAUCACCUUUGCCGCCAGACACAUCUGCAUCGAAUGAGCUUUUCUCGGAUGUGAAAGAGAGCACACUAUACUCCACUUGCUCCAGACUUUCUCCUUUGAGAGGAGGUAGUUUGAGCAAUUUGCGGGCCAACAGUCCUGGGAAAAAGCAGGCUAUUCCGGUGAGCGAAACAGAUAAAGAGAACUCAUUGAUUUUGUCGAAGUCACCUGUGGAAGAGACAUACGGGUUGUCUCCCAUCAGAUUCGACGGUAGCUUCAAGGCUCAUGAUCAUGUCUCGAGACUCAGCACAAAUAGUUUGGCAAAUUCGACAAUACUUGGAGAUGAUUACCAAACGUGGCGAGAAGAGAGAAUUAGGGAGAUUAAUGAAAAUAGGUAG